AUGCGUUUCCUUCUUCCACUUCUUAUUCUCCUUCCAAAUGCCACGUCAUCAAUGAGAAUGUGUUUUGAUAAAACUCCGAACAGAUCUCUAUUCGCUCGACCACUGCUUUCCCUAAGGAAUUUGAGCAUUGACAAGUGUUUCAGCGCUUGUCUGGAAAUGCCAAGAGAGACUUGCAAGUCAAUCACGUAUACCAAGAAAACUUCUAAUUGUCAGCUGAACGGAAAAUCUAAGCAAGAUGUAAAAAUAGUGAAGAAUCCCAUGUCAGAUUUCUACCAUCGGAACUGCUUUGAUAAGCCAAGUGUUGCAAUUAGAAGGGAUACUGUGGCCACCGAAUCAGGGUGUUACACAUCUACCCCUGGAAAGGUGUUGAUUGGAAUUGUGGAUCAAUUGGUUCGUGACGUGGCAACGGUUGCUGACUGUCAAGCGCAAUGCACGAAUGCUCAAACUAAAUACGAUGUGACCUGUAAAAGUGCAAUGUACUAUGAAAAAGACAAGGAAUGUAUUCUGGCGUCUCAAUCUAAGGCUGAUAUUCCUGACUUAUUCAUUGACGACGAUAAAUCGCUUUACUUGGAGAAUGGAUGCUUGGAAAACAAAUCCGACAAAUCGGUGGUUGUGAAAACUUCAGAGGUUUUCAAAGGGUCCUCUAAAUUUUCGGAAAACGAGUCCGCUUCAAAAACUGAUGAGGAAUUGGAACCCAUAAAAGCCGAGAAGACAACUCUAUCUUCAAUUCUCUCGCCCUCUCCCACCCACACAGAUAUCCAAUUAUCCGGUUACGAUGGUCCAUCGGAUUCAGUGAGCAAUCAGAAUCGGGAAGACCUUUUGACCACCAAGGCAACGACCACAACAACCACAACAACAACCACUACAACCACUCCAAAACCGAUAGCUCCAAAAGUGAUAGACAACUAUAAUGUGGUGAACACACCGAAAACAGAAUAUGGUAGACGGCUGAGAGAUACACGAGUGAAAUCGUGUUUCAAGGAAGUGAGACCGAUGGGAAAAAUGGAGGCGUUGAGAGUUGUGAAGGCGUACUCGUUGGAACAGUGUACAGAUAUGUGUCGGUUGUGUUCAAAGUGUCUGGUGAAACAGAAGAAGUGCCAGGCGGUGGCUUUUGAUAUUUCCCGCGAGCUUUGCGCACUUGCCACAAAGCGGCUUACCGACGGUGGCUCCUUUAAUGAUGACAUCAUUUACCACAACCGAAUGGAUUGUUGA